AGGACCCCCGGAUGAGGACCCCCACUAGAGCCAAGCAUCCAUUUUUCACAAGAUAGAAAUGACUCCCUUGUCAGUCAGUUCUGAUUUCAUGCAUUGAUUGGAAGGCAGGACAAAACAGGCUGAUUCAUCUCCCAGAAAUCCCUUCAGUUGCCUCCACAUUUUGCAUUGCAAGAGGGCUAGAGACUUACUUCUGUCCCUCUUCCUCAUCCUCUUUCUUUUCAGAAAGAUAACUACGGUUUGGGCUGUAGUGCAGUCCAGCCCUGGUUCCUAGCAAGACGCAUCCAUGCUUGCUUCAGGGAACCAUUUCCUUCUCCUGAUAUUAUACAACUUUUGUAACAGAACUUUGCUUUGUAGGAUUUGCUAGAGCUUCUCAUUCAGACAGACAGAAAUUGGCAGAAGAGCAAAGGGUUCCUUCCGAUCUCUCAGAGGCUUCCUGAGAGCACAGAUGGAUGAUCAAGACUCAGCUGGCCCUGAAGCAGGAAGAGGCCAUGCCAUCCAAACUGGGACCAGUGGGGGAUUCUGGGAGAACCCAGUGCAGAAGAUCCUGGGUGAGGAGGACACCCUCCGCUCAGAGGGGCAGAGCCGGCAGUUGAGGCAGUUCUGCUGCCUGGAGGCCAAAGGACCCCGAGAGGUUUGCAACCAAAUCUACCACCUCUGUCGUCAAUGGCUGAAGCCAGAAAGGCACACAAAAGCUGAGAUGCUGGACCUGGUGAUCUUGGAGCAGUUCCUGGCUGUCCUUCCCCCGGAGAUGGAGAGCUGGGUGAGGGAAUGCGGAGCGGAGACCAGUUCCCAGGCGGUGGCCCUGGCCGAAGGUUUCCUCCUGAGUCAGGCAGAGGAGAGAAAGCAGGUGAGAGAGACUUUCCUCUGGAUACUCCCAAGGGGGUCCAAACAGGACAGAGAACAUCCCAUAAUGCUCCACUGAUGGCCGAUUCUUUUUCUAGGAAGGCAUCCAUGGAAUGAGGUCUAACACCCUUAAUUUUUUUGUCUUUGUCAUCCUGUUUCUAAUAUUUCUCCCCAUUCAUUUUCUGUUUUGAAUCCUUGUUGCUCUUUCAGGAAAAGGAUCAUUUUGGGGAAAUGGACCUGGAUUCCUGUGAGGCAGAGAGGCCUCCGUUGGGCACCAGAGAGA